UGCGAUUUGAAUAACCUCUGCCCAGCCCUGCAAAAAGAUGACCUAUGUGUACACGUGUUGGUGUUCGUGUUGGUGGGCUUGGGUUCCGUCUGAGAUAUCGUAGACUAGUGUAAAUGGGGGUUCUGACGACAUGUGGCUGCCAACGAGUUUUGCAGCUCCCCAGCUCGCCGUUGUAUUAUUGUCGCUUGGUUCCUCUAAUCGUGGCAUCGUGCUGCAAUAAAUCAUCACUCUGUUUCUCUUUCGGACACUAUUAUUCGUCUUCUUCCAUUUACCGCUCGUUCUUUCCCAUUCCCAGUAGUAGUAAGCUUGGAAAUUGUGGAUUUCACAGAAAAAUUUCAAAAUCCAGGCGUAGAGGUCGGGUCGGGCUUCCGGGUGACCUCCCUGAAGCUAAACAACAGUCUGAGACGGUCCUUCACAAUGAUGAGGAGGAUGACAGCGGUAAACAACAACAACAACCACAACCACAACAACAAGAAGGGGGUAAAAGUGAAUUCGGUAACGAUAAUCAGCCGAGAGUGGCAACUGUGAUAGUAGGCGAAGCUUUUUCCCUAGGGAAUUCAGCUAUAAUAUCCGCCUGCUUUGUUGGUCUCCUCACUGGCAUCAGUGUCGUGGUCUUCAAUAACGCGGUGCAUGAAUUACGGGAUUUCUUUUGGGGUGAGAUCCCAUAUCGAGGUGCAUCAUGGUUGAGAGAGGAGCCCGUUGAAGUAAUCUUCACUCUUUUUCAGAAUUGUGGGGGUAUAAUUGUUGGCAUGUUGAAUGAGCUUCGAGGUACUCUAGAGGACCCUACAAAAAUUACUUUUAUGUCUGAUGUAAAGGCUGCACUGGAACCAAUUCUGAAAACAUUGGCUGCAUGUAUUACCCUUGGGACGGGGAAUUCACUAGGGCCGGAAGGUCCUAGUGUUGAGAUUGGUGCAUCCAUUGCCAAGGGAGUUGGUACUUUGUUUGAUAGAAGCGCUCAAAGGAAGCUUUCUCUUGUGGCAGCAGGCUCAGCUGCUGGAAUCUCUUCUGGGUUCAAUGCUGCUGUCGCUGGUUGCUUUUUUGCUGUAGAGUCAGUCUUGUGGCCAUCACCAGCAGAAUCAUCCUCAUCACUUACAAAUGCAACUUCAAUGGUCAUACUCAGUGCAGUAAUAGCAUCUGUGGUGUCAGAAAUUGGUCUUGGCUCUGAACCAGCCUUUACAGUACCGGAAUAUGAUUUCCGUUCUCCAAGUGAACUCCCACUGUAUCUUUUGCUGGGUGUCCUCUGUGGCUUGGUUUCAUUGAUCUUAUCUAGGUGCACAUCAUUUAUGUUGGUAACUAUUGACAAUGUUCACAAGGUCAGUGGCAUACCAAAGGGUAUUUUCCCUAUACUAGGCGGGUUAGCUGUUGGGCUGAUAGCCUUGGCAUAUCCAGAAAUUCUCUACUGGGGUUUUGAGAAUGUUGACAUUCUGCUAGAAUCUCGGCCAUCCGUGAAGGGCCUCUCUGCUGACCUAUUGUUUCAGCUGGUGGCAGUCAAGAUAGUUGCAACCUCUGUAUGUAGAGCAUCUGGAUUAGUGGGAGGCUACUAUGCCCCAUCUCUCUUUAUUGGUGCAGCAACAGGAAUGGCAUAUGGGAAAUUUGUUAGUUCAACAAUUUCUCUAUCCGAUCCAAUCUUUCAUCUCUCCUUCUUGGAAGUUGCAUCACCACAAGCAUAUGGCCUGGUUGGAAUGGCUGCUACUCUUGCAGGUGUGUGUCAGGUACCACUUACUGCAGUUUUGCUUCUCUUUGAACUUACUCAGGACUAUCGAAUAGUUCUACCACUUCUUGGAGCUGUGGGGUUGUCUUCAUGGAUUACCUCUGGGCAUACAAGCAGAACAGAAAGGGACACUAAGAAACUUGAAGAGGGAAACGCUUAUCCUACUAUACAGCCUAAAAUGUCUUCUUGCAACCUAAAUGAACUUUCCGCAAAACCAUCCUAUGCUAAUAAUCUUUGUAAAAUUGAAAGUUCUCUCUGUGUAGAUGAUUCUAAUGAUGCUACAGAGGAGUUAGAAAGGCGGAUUCUUGUUUCACAAGCCAUGAGGACAAGAUAUGUGACUGUCCUGUUGAGCACUUUGCUGACAGAAGCAGUAAAUCUCAUGCUUGAAGAGAAGCAGUCUUGUGCAAUAAUUGUUGACGAUGACAAUCUGUUGGUCGGUUUACUGACAAUUCGAGACAUUCAGGAGUUCAGCAAAUCAUCGAAAGCAAGACGCAGAAGACCUGAGGAGCUUUUGGUAUCUGAAGUAUGUUCUUUGAAUGGUGAAAAAUGCCGGGUAUUGUGGACAAUAACACCUGGUAUGAAUCUUUUUUCUGCUCAAAUAAUUAUGAACAGACAUGGUGUAAGCCAACUUCCAGUUAUUUUGGAGCAUGUUGAAGACCAAAGAGGCCUGCCUGUUGGACUUUUGGACAAUGAAUGCAUCAGUCUAGCUUGCAGAGUUCUAGCAACCAGAGAAUGCCUCGGUUGAUUUUCCACUGGAAAGUCCCAACCAAUGAUUUAUCGUGCUGACCCUGCUUAUCACUUUCACGGGGACAAAUUAAUGAUACCUGGUGUCACAACUUGGGAUUGAUCUGUCUAUUUAUUUUUGGUAAUCUUGUCCCCAUAUAGCAUGGGUGGGACUUCACUGGCGCAUGGAAAAUUGCUGCUUUAUAGUGCAUCAUCUUGCAGAGAGUGUAAGUUCCUUCUCCAAGGAUUUCUUCCAUUGAGGCUAAUAGAAUGUUGAUAUUGGAUCCUUACUGAAGAAUUUUGUCACAUAUCCCAAGUGUGCUGGCACAACACUGCAACGGGGAAACGGGUUUUCUGCUCUCAAUCCAAUAUGUUUUAGGAAUUCACAAGUAACUUGGGUUAACUCACUGAAAGCAUGGAUGAUUAUUUUUUCUUUGCAUUUGGUUGUAAAUAAGAGGACAUUGUUGAUUUGUGAUACUAAUCUACUAAAGAGAUAUAUUUCUCUCCUCUGGAUACCUUGGGAUUGAUCUGUCUAUUUAUUUCUAGUAAUCAUGCAUGGGUGGGACUUCACCGGCUCUUGGUCAAUUGCCGCAUUAUAUUGCAUCAUCUUGCUGAGAGUGAAAGUGGCCAGUAGUAUGCUGAUAUUGGAUCCUUAUUGAAGAAUGUUGUUACAUAUUCUUAGUGUACUGGCAUAGCUCUGCAUUGGAUCCUCAAGGAUUAAAAGGAUACUCUCUUUUUAUUUUUUAUUUUUAUCUCAAUGAUUCUUGUAUUAGUUCGUUGGUUUGGAUACUUUUUUAAUAUGAACUAAUGUUUGUUGGUUUGGAUUGU